AUGACCACAACCCCCUCUCCUCCCCCCAGCAUCCCCUCCUCUCACGCCCUCGCCCUCGACGCCUUCACCACCCUCCUUCCCCCCUCCUCCCUCUGCACCGCCCCCGCCGCCCUCCGCGCCCGCUCCCACACCCCCUGGUCCCCCGCAGCCCCCGCCGCCACGCCCUGGGCCAUCCUGUACCCCAGCUCCACCGCCGACGUCAGCGCCAUCCUGCAGAUCUGCAGCAAGUACUCUAUCCCGGUGACCGGCUACGCGGGCGGCACGUCGCUGGGCGGCGCGCUCGCGGCGAGCCGGCAGGGCGUGUGCGUGGACUUUGCGCGCAUGGACCGCGUGCUGGAGGUGGGCGUGGAGGAUAUGGAUGUGCGGGUGCAGCCGGGGGUGGGGUGGGUGGAGAUGAAUGCAUUGUUGAAGGAGGGGGAGGGGAAGGGAUUGUUUUUCCCCGUGGAUCCGGCGCCCGGGGCCAGGGUGGGGGGAAUGAUCGCAAUGUCCUGCUCCGGCACCAACGCGUACCGCUAUGGCACGAUGAAGGCGUGGGUCCUGAGCCUCACGGUUGUGCUGGCGGAUGGGACGGUUGUGAGGACCGGGGGUAGGUCGAGGAAGUCGGUGGCUGGGUAUGAUCUCAAGUCGCUGGUUAUUGGGUCGGAGGGCACGCUGGGGCUGGUGACGGAGGCGGUGCUGAGGCUGGCGAAGGUGCCUGAGAAUGUGCAUGUGGUGAUUGCGGUGUUUGAGAGUAUAGGGGCGGCGGUUCAGGCGGCGCUUGGGAUUGUGAGAGAGGGGAUUGGAGAGGCGGUCGAGUUUGUGGAUGCGAAUGGCAUGCGGGCUACGAAUAAGGCGAUGCCUGGGGUGGUUUGGGAGGAGAAGCCGACGUUGUUUUUGAAGUUUGCGGGGAAGGGCGAGAUCGCGGUGCAAGAAACGGAGAUAGCGAAGAAGCUUUGCUACCAAAAUGACUGUAAAGAGUUCCGGGUUUCAGGGGAUGAGAAGCAGGUCGAGGCGUGGUGGGCGGCGCGGAAGGCUUUGGCCCGGAAUCUGUUGAGUAUGAAGAACGAUCCGACGGAUCUGUUUCUUUCGGCUGAUGCGGCUGUUCCGGUGAGUAAAUUCGCGCAGUUCGUUGAGGAGACGGAGGAGGAGAUGAGAGGGGCUGGGUUCUUUUGUGGACAGAUGGGGCAUAUUGGGGAUGGGAAUGUGCACACGGCGGUUGUUUGCGCUGAGAAAGAUAGAGGUGAAGCGGAGAUAUUACUUAACAAGGUCAGAAGAAGGGCGUUGAGGCUAGAGGGGACAAUUACUGGGGAGCACGGAGUGGGACUGGAACUGAGAGAUUUGUUGGUCGAAGAGGUAGGAGAGAGUGGAAUUCAUGUGCUGAGGAUGAUCAAGAAGGCGUUGGACCCAAAGGGGCUUUUGAACGUUGAUAAAGUCGUAACGUGGGAGUGCUGAUGUAUGGUGGGCUUAAUCGCAAAGGAUGAGAACGCUGGGUGGUUACUUAAGUACAUAGAUAAACUAAAAAGCGUAGAAUUGAGUGAAUC